UAAAGAUUUCCCACAUGCUUCUUUCACCAUUGCUGCCUCCUUCUUCCGAUCCAGGGUUCAUCUUCCUCUUUCUACAUACACAGUAACCAGUUGCAAAGAUGCAAAACGAUGAUGGACAAAUCACUGAACUUUACAUUCCAAGGAAGUGUUCUGCCACAAAUAGGUUGAUUACAUCCAAGGAUCAUGCCUCAGUCCAAAUCAAUGUAGGUCAUUUGGAUGACAAUGGUGUUUACACUGGCCAAUUCACCACCUUUGCUCUUUGUGGCUUUGUUCGUGCUCAGGGAGAUGCUGAUGGUGGUCUUGAUCGCCUGUGGCAGAAGAAGAAGACUGAAUCAAAACAGUAAUUGUAAUUGAAGAAGAUGAUGAUGAUGGAGAUUCAGUUACUUUGAUAGGAUUAGUGAUGAUGAACAUGAUGAAGUUGAGAGUUUUUUUUAGACAAUGGAUUUGAUUUGCCUUUAAUUUGUUCCUGUUUUUAAACUUGGUAUUCUCUUUGGUUAUCUUUGCUUAUUGAAGUCAUAUUACUCCUAAA